AUGUUUUCAUGUUUUAGGUCAUGCAGCGAAUCACCCUUUUGUCUUCUCUUUGGGUUUAAAGAAGAAAAAUCAAACAAUUAUGGGGCAGAUAGAUCACAGAGAGCACUGAGUUCCAAGAUGUCAGAAGCCUCAGAGAAAAAUAAGAAAAAGCAGAAGCAAUUGUUCAAUAGGAGAACAGCUGAUGAAAUUCUAACUGUUUGUAGGUCUUGGGAGAACUAUAUACAUCCUAGGGCAAAGGAUUUCUGGAAGUCAUCUGAACAAGUCUACGAAAUACUAUCUAAUAUAGCAAGUAACAUUGAUCGCGCAGAUGAUCCAAUUACAAGUGGAGAAGAACAAUGUGUAAGGUGGCAUGGUGAAUUGGAGGCUGAAGAUGGCGCGCCAGUCAUCAGGAUACUUAAACCGGGAGAGACUGACGAGUGUCAAACUUAUGUAAAUAGAAUAUUAGCAUUUUUAUAUGCAGACGACGAAAGCUUCCUAGAGUUACAAAAGAAACCACCUGUUGCAUUUAAAAAUGUAUGCGAAGACCCCAUUUGCAUUAAUUUGACGCAUAUUUCUUUAGAAGAAUAA